AUGACAGACAAAAGCAGGGAGGACUCAACAACUAAGGCUAAGGACAAAGUCAGAGGGAAUCCAGAGAAGCCACCAUAUUGGUUUGAGAUCAUUGUUUCUGAUCCGCAGAAAAGAACAGGAGACCCGGGCUCUUCAUCUGGUUAUGUGAGUUAUCAAAUAUCAACAAAGACCAACAACACGUCAUUUUAUGACAAUCGUGGCAACUCAGAAUCUAUCAUUGUCGUUCAUAGAAGAUACAGUGACUUGCUACUACUUCAUGAUAUUUUACUGAAUGAAUUUCCCACCUGCAUCAUCCCACCGUUACCUGAUAAAAAGGUUUUUCAAUACAUAGCAGGCGAUAGAUUUAGUCAAAGAUUUACACAAAAAAGAUGCCAUAGCUUACAGAAUUUCCUAAGAAGGGUAUCUUUACAUACGGAUCUUUCUCAAUCAAUGGCUUUUAAAACCUUUUUGGUGAGUAAAGACUGGGAAUCUCAUCGCAAAGUGCUUCAGGAUAGUUUACAAGUUAACAAAGAUGAAGUCACUGAUGCCUUCAUGAAUGCCUUCAAAACAGUUCACAAGCAAAAUGACGAGUUCACAGAGAUAAGAGAAAAAAGCGAUAAACUAGAUCGAACUGUAACGAAAAUCGAUAAACUAUUUCAUAAAGUUGUAAAGAAAAAUGAUUCGAUGUCUGAAGAUUAUACUAAGCUGGGAACCAACUUGCAGGAACUACAAGAACUAGUCACAGGUGAAAAUGAGGAACUUGCUGAGAAAUUGAAGAUUUUCAACGAAGGGGUAACACAAUUGUCCUACGGUUUACAAGACCUUACAAAAUAUCUAGAUUACGAGUACAUUGUUGAUUUGAAAGACCUCGAACACUACAUCGAUAGUAUGCGACAACUGAUCAAACUGAAGGACCAAAAACAAAUAGACUACGAAGAGCUGAGUGAUUAUCUAACAAGGUCAAUAAAGGAAAAAAAUAAUUUAAUCUCUGGUUAUGGUGGAAGUAAUUUUUUUGCUAAUAAAUUAGAGGAAUUAGCAGGCAUAAAUCAGGAAGCUUCACGCAGAGAAAAAAUCAAUAAAUUAGAAAGCAAGAUAACAUCCUUAACGGGCGAAUUAGAGAAUGCCAAAAAGGUAGCAGACGGAUUUGAACAAGAAUGUUUGAAGGAAAUAGACCAUUUUGAAAACGUGAAAACCAAAGAAAUCAAGGAAUCUCUUGGAUCACUAGCAGACCAUCAUAUCGAAUUUUACGAAAGAAUUCUAGAAGCAUGGGAAAAAGUUGAUGACAGUUUAUGA